GACAUAUUCAAAUGGCGUCGACAUCUCGCGCUACCUUUGGGCACGGAUAGUCCUACGUCCGUUUACACACAUUAGAGUCACAAAAAAGACAUGCUGGCCUAAAACUUUCCAUUUAUUGGUAAUUACAGAACCAGGCUAAGGUGCGACAGAAAGCUUCCUCCCAUUGACUAUGCGCAACCCAGCGAGUCCCGUCCCCCUCCAGUUGCUCGCCGAAUCCAACCCCAAUGUGACGGCUCUCUGCACGCACUGCACAAAGCUCCCGUUCCCCCCCAACCCACACCAGAUCUUUCUCCAACCCCCAACUUUUCCCUCCAAGUCAUCUUUCUCCUUGCGCCGUGGUAAUUUGUACCUACACCCGCGCUCCUCCACCCAUUUGUCUUAUUGCGCGCGUGCCUCAGCCGUCGUCAUUUUAUUUUAUCUCUUCCAUCAGCUUGGUGUCGGGUCCGCUGUCGCGUCCCAAGUGAUCGAUUUCAACAAACCACAGCAGCGCUCAUUACGUUGCGGUCGGGUACCUGGCAGCUCUCUCCACCAGCUGCCGCUCCCGCGCACGCUGCGCGUUUCCACUCGUUCUCACCACUCGAUCAUCGCGAUCGCCGCCACGACUCCCACCUAUCCAAAACGCCUGCUUCUCAGCGCGACGCUGCAUGCAUCGCGAGGCAUGAACGGGGAUCACAACCCGCCCAGUGCAAUUCCUGGCGCGCCCGUCAACGGCUCUUUCGCCGCUCUGUCGUCGAAUCGCGCGACCUUAUUCCCCGCGACCGCCCCUGCGACAAAGAAUACAAUGGCUGUCCCGGCCUUUCUUCCUCCUGCGCAGGCCUACCGCCCGCCCGCAGCCUCCCAAUCAGGCUACAAACCGUCGCUUCCGACUGCCAGUUCGUUUGAUCGCGACACCAAAAAGCCAAUGGGCACCCCGUUGUCCGUUACGCCGCCAACCCUCUCGUCGGCGCUGAUUCGAAACCUCCCGCUCAACACCUCGGAGGAGUCGCUGCGCCUGAUGAUGGUCUUCUCCAAGGACCUCGUCGAUGUCGAGGUGUUGCCCGCCGAGCAAUCGCCCGAUUCAGGCUUUCGGUCUGCCAUUUUGAAGUUCAAAAGCCCCGCAGGCGCCCAGGAGGCCAAGAACAUGCUUGAUGGCAAGUCCAAUAUCUCGAACGACGCCGAGAUGAUUGUCGAGAUCCUGGGUAGCUCAAGCCCGACGGCCUUGGGAAACCCGUUCCCCUCUAGUACAACCAUGUCUACGAGCGUAUCGAACGCGACUGUCUCUACCACUCCGUCGGCCCCGUCGUCAAGGCAGACAUCUCGAUUCAACGGCACCUUCCAGUCCCUCGAAAAGGCCUCGCCCCCGAUGAACACAAUUUAUGGAGAUAUGGCGGGCCACGAGCCUGGCGCGUCUUACCAGAACCUUUUUGGGCCCCAGUCGCCGAUCGGCAACCACCUCGCAAACGGCACCCGGAUCACCAGCAAAUCGCUUAUCGAUUCCGCCGAUGACGAUGAGACCAAGGAGCUGCUCAAAGAUCCUGUUGGCUUCGCUGAGAACGGCCUGCACCGCCGACAGACCGCUCCUCAGCUUCCCAUCUCUCGCUUGGCCGGCCUGUCACUCAAUACAACCCCAAGCCCCGCCGCCGUACAUCCGCAGAUGCCAUACUACGGCCAUGCAGGCAUGGGCUCGCUAUCUGGACUGUCGAACACCAUGUCGCCCACGGCAAUGGCUAGCCCUGGACCGGGAUACAAUCCCCCAAUACCGCACCGAAUGAACAACUUCCCUCCCGCUAACCCCGCCGAUCAAAACCCGCCGUGUAACACGCUCUACGUCGGCAAUUUACCCAUCGACACAUCAGAAGAGGAACUCAAGGCAAUGUUCUCGAGACAGCGAGGAUACAAGCGUCUCUGCUUCAGGACGAAACAGAACGGACCCAUGUGUUUCGUUGAGUUUGAGGAUGUCACUUUCGCGACCAAGGCUCUGCACGAGCUUUACGGACAACCGCUUCACAACAGCGUGAAAGGCGGCAUCCGCCUGAGUUUCUCCAAGAACCCGCUUGGCGUCCGUUCCGGACAGAACCAGGGACAAAACGGAGCAGGCGCCAUCAGCGGCAUGAACGGAAUGCAUUCUGGAGCCGCUGGCGGAUUUACAACAGCCAACGGGCCUCCGCCCGGGUUGACGGCCCCUCCCGGUCUCAGCGUCAAUCGCGGUGGAUACACGGCAUCCCCCAGCCUCGCAACCGGCACGACUGGCUCGUACACCUACCCCACUGUCUCUAAUGGGUCGAGCAACCCUUGGGGCGGAAUGUACGGCGGAAACGGACCCAUGAUGGCCGGCACCGCUUCAGCGUUUCCGCCGUAUAUGAUGGGCCGAUGAUUGUUCAUUUUACGGACCAACAUCUUGUUUGGGAGGUUCGGUUUGUUGAUCGGCAUCGUUCUCUUCGGGCCUCUGCUCAUUUUGGAGCCGAUUCCAUAGC